CUUCGUGGCGAGUGUUGCGUUCCUGUCUUCCGUAUCGUUGGUUGCAAGAUUCCGGGUAUGACAGUCAGCUGACAGGACUCGUGCCGUGUCAGUUUAUCAACGCAGGGUGUAUUUAGUGGUACACGGGGAGAAUAUUCAGCAUAAUGCCCACAAAUCCGCCGAAAAUCAAAGUGUUGAGUUGUGGCAACGAGAGGUUGCAGAAACUUAAAGAGGCUUUUCAUGGAAAAUAUGGCCAGAUGCCUCUCUUUUAUGCUAGUGCUCCAGGCAGGGUGAAUUUAAUAGGGGAACAUAUUGAUUAUUGCGGCUAUGCAGUCCUGCCCAUGGCAAUAGAGCAGAAUAUUCUCGCUGCGGUAUCUGUCAAUGACUCUCAGUCAAUCCAACUGGCCAACACGGAUCCUAAAUAUAAGGAUUUCAGUGUUUCUGUGGACAGGAUCUCCAUUGACAAAGAGAAUCCUCAGUGGUACUUUUACUUCCUUUGUGGAGUGAAAGGAAUCCAGGAGCACUUGAGCUUGUCUUCAUUGUCAGGCAUGAGUUGUGUGGUGGACGGCACUAUUCCUGCCAGCUCAGGGCUUUCCAGCUCCAGUGCUCUGGUGUGCUGUGCUGGUCUGGUCACAAUGGAAGCCAGUCAGAAAUCUCUGUCUAAGGUGACUCUUGCAGAAACUUGUGCAAAGUGUGAGCGUUAUAUUGGCACUGAGGGUGGAGGGAUGGAUCAGUCCAUUUCUUUUCUAGCAGAGAAGGGAACUGCCAAGCUGAUAGAGUUUAAUCCACUGCGGGCCACAGACGUGAGGCUUCCCGAUGGGGCUGUGUUUGUAAUCGCAAAUUGCUGUGUUGAGAUGAACAAGGCGGCCACGUCUCACUUCAACAUGAGGGUGGUGGAAUGCCGCAUUGCCACAAAGAUGUUGGCGAAGGCAAGAGGCCUGCAAUGGAGUCAGCUGCAGAAACUGGGGGAUCUGCAGACGGAGCUGCAGGCGAGUCUGGAUGAGAUGCUGGAGCUGGUGGAGGAGGUGCUGCACCCCGAACCAUACAGCACAGAGGAGAUCUGCAAGACUCUCAGCAUCAGCACUGAACAUCUGCGUGAAAACAUCCUCAGUACCAACACACAGCAUGCGACCCACUUUAAGUUGUUCCAGCGUGCCAGGCAUGUGUAUGGCGAAGCUGCCCGUGUGCUGCAGUUUAAGGCCAUUUGUGAGUCUGUGCCUGUCAAUGCGGUUGCUCAGCUGGGGGAUCUGAUGAACCAGAGUCAUGUCAGCUGCAGAGACCUGUACGAGUGCAGCUGUCCAGAGCUGGACCAGCUGGUGGACAUAUGUCUACAGGUGGGUGCUGUCGGGUCGAGGUUAACCGGAGCUGGAUGGGGAGGUUGCACGGUUUCCAUGGUUCCCAGCGAAAAGAUUGAUUAUUUUCUCCAAACUGUGAGGGAGCGAUAUUACACACCGGACGCCCGCCGAUCCACUCUGGAAAAACAGAGUUUAUUUGUGACUAGGCCGGGAGGUGGGGCGGCUAUUUUCACAGAGGAAUGAAUCGUAGAAGGGCGAUUUAAACGACACAAUUGAGCUAUGGCCUGUGGCUUCAGAAGCCAGUUGAGAUGCAUAUAAUUGCAGUCAAUCCAAAUAAAAGAGGAUCAGAGUUAACCUGAAGAAUACACUCUGUAUAGGCAUUUUCACUCUACUUUGUAUAUAUAUAUAUAUAUGACUUAAAAGUAACUCGGAGCAAAAGAAAUCAGUGGUCUAAUAAUUGAAAACCUGUUUCAAGUUUGUAUACGCACUAUAUACAAGUGAAAAGAAUUACUGAAUACAUUCCUACUGUUGCUGCACUUUUCUGAAAGCAUUCAAAGUCAAUAUCUGAUUACUGGCACAUUCAAUAAAUAACAUCUCUAUGU